CUGGUUGAAAGUUGAGUCAAACCUCGCUUGUCACUGAAGAUCGUAGCACAAAUUGGGUCUAGUACCACAUUUUCGGUACCGCCGACCGUUGUCACAAGGACAUCUCGACGAUCCAAUAAACUUCGGCAGUCCUGUCUUCCCUCCGCAUGCUCUUGCCAUCAACCAGCAUGCCAAGCUUUGGGUUCGGUGUGGGGUAGAUUAUAAGCUGGGGAAACACGCCGUAUUUGGCGUCCCCUCGGCCCCGUUGUUGGCCCCGUCUAUGGAAACCUUCCUGGCUUUGAGUCUGGCUUAGGGUUCCCUCUGGAACUCGCAGGAGCUUGGAUCCGCUCGGUAAACUAUCUGAAAUUGUGCUUCUUUGGCCAGAAGACACAAUACACCAGCCUAUAUCAUGCCCUCAACUUCUACCCCUACCUCCGCCCAUGAGAAGGGCACGGAGAAGGAACUAGAUCCUGCUAAUACAAACGAGGAGGCAUUUGUCGAUGUAAACACGGCCGUGCAGCUUGCGCAUGAAGUCGACGACAACAGAUAUUCGCCAUGGACACCACGGAUGUUCCGUCUGUACCUCGUUCUCGCAGUCGCGUAUCUCUGUGGUUGUCUUAAUGGGUUCGAGGGGUCGUUGAUGGGCGGGUUGAAUGGGAUGAAGUCUUAUCAGCGAUAUUUUGGCAUGGCACUUGCCGAUUCUGGUACCGGGCUUGUCUUCGCCAUGUAUAAUAUUGGUGGUUUGGCUGCUGUGUUCUUCACUGGUCCCAUGAAUGAUUACUUUGGCCGACGUUGGGGUAUGUUCACAGGCGCUAUCAUAGUCAUUAUCGGUACUUGCGUCCAAGCGCCCUCGACAUUUCGAGGCCAAUUCCUUGCUGGCAGAUUUGUUUUGGGAUUCGGUGUGAGCUUCUGCGCAGUUAGUGCCCCUUGUUAUGUUAGCGAAAUGGCCCAUCCCAGGUGGCGUGGUACACUCACUGGGCUCUACAACUGCACCUGGUACAUCGGUUCUAUUAUCGCUAGCUGGGUCGUCUACGGAUGUUCCUAUAUUGACUCGAAUUCCGCUUGGAGAAUUCCAGUAUGGUGUCAGAUGAUCACGUCCGGAUUUGUGGCACUGGGAGCUUUUUGGCUCCCCGAGUCGCCCAGAUGGCUAGUUUCCCAAGAUAAACACGAUCAAGCGGCUCAGAUAUUAGCCAAAUACCAUGGCGAGGGCUCGGUAGACCAUCCUCUCGUGCAGCUGCAAAUCAAGGAAAUGGUCAAUCAGAUCUCGGCUGAGGCUUCCGACAAGAAAUGGUGGGAUUACCAUGAACUGUGGAAUACGCGUUCUGCCCGUCGACGUCUGAUCUGUGUGCUUGGAAUGGCCAUUGGAGGCCAAAUAUCAGGAAACCAGGUCUCGGGGUCGUACUUCCCAGCCGCUUUGUCAACAGCCGGCAUAACGGACGAGAAGCGCGUCCUGGCCCUCAACGGCAUCAACCCCGUCCUCUCCUUCCUGGGUGCCAUCACCGGCGCCCGCAUGACUGACGUCAUUGGCCGCCGCCCCCUAUUGAUAUACUCGAUCAUCUUCUGCGCCGCGUGUUUCGCCUGCCUGACAGGAACAGCCAAAGCGGCGACCGACGACCCCUCCAGCCCCCGCGCCCCCGCCGCAGCCAACGCCCUUGUGGCCAUCAUCUUCAUCUUCGGGAUAGUCUUCUCUUUCGGCUGGACCCCUCUACAGAGUAUGUAUAUCGCCGAAUGCCUGCCAACAUCAACGCGCGCUAAGGGCACGGCCGUGGGGAAUUUCGCUAGUUCGGCGGCGGGGACGGCGCUGCAGUACGCUUCGGGGCCGGCGUUUGAGAAGAUCGGGUACUAUUACUACAUCGUGUUCGUGUUCUGGGACCUAUUUGAAGCGACAUUUAUGUAUUUCUUGUUUCCAGAGACGAAGGAGAGGACUUUAGAGGAAUUGACGGAGGUUUUUGAGGCGAGGAAUCCAGUUACGAAGAGUUUGGAGAGGAGGAGUGCGAGGACGGUUAUGAAUACGCUGAAUGUGGUCGCCGAGGACGCCAAGGGUAUUGCUUAGAAGGAUUGAGUAAGACAUCAGUUACGUCGAUAUGGACAGGGGCUGACGUACACAAUGAUGUAUGGCUUCCUGCCGCUAUGCUCCGGAUGCAUCGAUAACUCGCAGCUGUAUCUUCUAUUUCCUCUGUACAUGAAGAGUUUCCC